CACAGACAACAAAAAAGACAACCAAGAUUUCGAUGAACACUCCAGAAACAUGUUAUUAGAAGAAUAUUUUUCAUCGAAUAAUCCUCCGGAAUUAGAAGGUCCGCUCUAUUUGAAAGCAGACUCGAAAAAGGGAUGGAAAAAGCAUCAUUUUGUGUUAAGAGCAUCUGGGUUAUAUUAUUAUCCUAAAGAUAAAGUUAAGUCUGCUAAAGAUCUUGUAUGUCUCGCCACUUUCGAUAACAAUCAUUUAUACUACGGAUUAGGAUGGAGGAAAAAAUACAAAGCUCCUACUGAUUUCUGUCUAGCGAUCAAACAUCCCAGAUUGCAAGAACCUAAAUCUACGAAAUAUAUUAAAUACUUGUGUGCCGAAGAUCAAAGUACUUUGGAACGAUGGAUGGUCGGUAUGAGAAUAGCAAAAUUCGGAAAGCAGCUUAUGGAUAAUUAUAGAAGUUUGAUUGAUGAGCUGGCUCAGGAGGAUUUGGAUAUUUUAGCGCAUGCUAGAAGUUGUUCUGUUAGUUCGAUUGCUGUUCAAUCUUUUCCAUCUAAUGUUACGACGCCUACACAAGGGUAUCAAAGUAGUGAAGCUGGUUAUGGAACUCAAAGUGAAACUUACUCAACUUCAACCGAUAUGAGUUCUGGACGACACAGUAGAGCUAGCAGUUCGAGUUCAAGUGGUUGUAUGUCCGAUGGUGCUCCUUCUAGUUGUGAAAAUGCUUUUGAUUCUGAAUUCCCCAUGGGCACCAUAAAACGCAAGCCAUCAAUGAAACCAAGCCUCCCUCUAACCAACAUAACUCGGCAACUAAAAGAAGUGGGAGAAACUCGAGACGAAAUUGACGGAACCGCUCUUCCAUCCAGUCCCAUAAUCUACACGAACUCCGGUACAUUAACGAGAGGACACAGCAGACGGAAAUCGAACCAAUCUGACGAUUCUUCGAAUAAUGGGACUCUCAAAAGGCAGCAUUCGUACAAAUCUAGAGGAUCCGUUGAAUCGAUGGGCAGCAGAAGUGGAAAUUCGACUCCACUGUGUGGAACGCCUGUUAGAGAUAGAGUUUCGCCGUUUUCUGAUAGAAACGGGUCGCAUGUGGAUUAUUCGCCGAGCAAUGGAUACUUAAGAGGAUCUAUAUCGCCUACAAGUAGUAUGCCGUCGUGUAUGACCGAUUCAAUCACAUCUUUACCACCACCGCCAGAAACAAACGACGACGUAAUUUUAAGCAAUUCACCAAAUUAUUCACUUCCACCUCCACCUCCGGAAGUAUACAAUUCGAAUCUUUCGCUCGAUAGUCUCCCCCCUCCGCCAAGUUUAAGCGAUCUACCUCCACUAACAGGCGCGGAACUGACCGGUAGUCAGUUGUCACUUAUGUCAUUACCACCACUUCCAUCAGAGACGGUUUUAGAUAUAUCUAGAAACCGAAAUGUUAAUAUUUUGAGUCCUGAUAGAACUCCAACUCAGGGUAUGUCUCCUGAUUUAACUCCUACACAUUCGAGGUUGAACACUCCUGUAUGUAGUCCACCUCUUUCCAAUGCCGGAAGCGGUAGUAGCACACCGAUUCAAGGUAGUGCUCCUGUUAAUUUCAAUACGCCACAUAGAUCUCUGUAUCCUCAAAGUAGCCCAAUAUAUUCUCCUCAAGAGCAGCCUUCUUACAUCAGUCCGCAGUACAGACAAUCCUGUACUUUACCUAAUAGUAAUAACGGUUUCAAUAAUAGUAUAGGACUACGUUCAUCAUUGAGACAAGCCUCGCUACCCAGACAAAUAUCAUCUAACAGCAUAGCUUCGACGAAUAGCUCCAAUUCUUCCGGACACACUUGUUACAAUAACCAAAACUCCCCUAGCAUUCAGCGUAAAGUUAAUUUUCAAGAACCGAUGAGCCCCAAAAAGACUGGUAAGAAAAUUAGUUUUAAUCUCGCACCCCAAGAAGUACCUCCACUGCCCAAGAAGCCGGCACCGCCGAAGAGAUCUGAGAGUACGAAGUUAACGAGUCCGAAGAAGUUGGUCGAACCUCCGGUGGAGUUUCUGAAAGAUUUGCAGCGAGUGAUGAGGAAAAAAUGGCAGGUGGCGCAAAAGUGCAAGCUAGAACCCGAAACCACCCCUCACGAAGUGCUUGGUUUUCGAGACGCUCCGGUUCUAUUACCGGACUACAAAGAACACAACGUUUCCAACUGGGUGCAGGAACACUACGGACCCAAUAAUCUCUACGAAAACAUAUACAGAGACAACCCUGAGGCAGUUAUCGAUUACGCUACAAGCCCGGUACAUUCCAGGAAUGAAGUCAGGGCUUCAGUGGAAUUCAGAUCGAAGAGACCCCCGCCUCCACCGCCGAAACGUAGUGAAUCCACGCAUUUAAGUACCCCCAAGACUUACUGAUGCUGUGUUUGUUAGUAGCGUGGUAAAUAAUCUCGAAUUUUACCCAUUUACAACAAUUAAACUACUGCCAGCUAAAGUCUGUUAAAGGGAUGUGAUUUUAAAUUAAUUGUGCCAUUUUCUUGUGUAUCAAGAACUUCUUACUUAGUUAUUAUUAAUCUUAGAUGCUAAAUUGAAAAGGUAAUCAUUUUGUAUAUAUCUAAAAUUCUAGUUAAAUUAUUUAUAAAUAAGAAAUGUCAAACA